GCGCGCGGUCGUUGCUCCCGCUCUACUAUAAAUUGGCGGCCACUCCGCUCCUCGGAGAUCACCAGAAGCCGCAAGCUCUCCUACCAAGGCGCCCUUCCAGCACCCCAGCCAAGGCACAGCGUCUGAUCGAACGCGUGCUCAGCUCACCGCACUCCGUUUCGCUGCUCGCUCCCCCUUAACAGCUCGUUGCCGCCGGUCCUCAGGGAACCCGACCGAGGCCAAAUGGGUGGCGGCAGCGCUGAGCUCCUCUCGAGGAUCGCCGCCGGCGACGGCCACGGCGAGAACUCGUCCUACUUCGACGGGUGGAAGGCCUACGACAUAAACCCUUUCGACCUGCACCGCAACCCCGACGGCGUCAUCCAGAUGGGCCUCGCCGAGAACCAACUGUCGCUGGACCUGAUCGAGGAGUGGAGCAUCAACCACCCGGAGGCGUCCAUCUGCACGGCGCAGGGCGCCUCGCAGUUCCGGAGGAUAGCCAACUUCCAGGACUACCACGGCCUGCCGGAGUUCAGAGAGGCGAUGGCCAAGUUCAUGGGGCAGGUGAGGGGCGGGAAGGUGACGUUCGACCCCGACCGCAUCGUGAUGAGCGGCGGGGCCACCGGCGCGCAGGACACGCUCGCCUUCUGCCUCGCCGACCCCGGCGACGCCUAUCUCGUGCCCACGCCGUACUACCCAGCUUUCGACCGCGACUGCUGCUGGAGGUCAGGGAUCAAGCUGCUGCCGAUCGAAUGCCACAGCUCCAACAACUUCGCCCUCACCAGGGAGGCGCUCGUCGCGGCGUACGACGGCGCGCGGAGCCAGGGCAUCCGCGUCAAAGGCAUCCUCGUCACCAACCCCUCCAACCCGCUGGGCACCAUCAUGGGCCGCGGCACGCUGGCGAUGCUCGCCGAGUUCGCCACGGAGCACCGCGUCCACCUCAUCUGCGACGAGAUCUACGCCGGUUCCGUGUUCGCCAAGCCGGACUUCGUGAGCAUUGCCGAGGUCGUGGAGCGCGACGUCCCCGGCUGCGACAUGGACCUCAUCCACAUCGUCUACAGCCUCUCCAAGGACUUCGGCCUCCCGGGCUUCCGCGUCGGCAUCAUCUACUCCUACAACGACGCCGUCGUGGCCUGCGCGCGCAAGAUGUCCAGCUUCGGCCUCGUCUCCUCCCAGACGCAGUACUUCCUGGCGAGGAUGCUCUCGGACAGCGAGUUCAUGGCCCGCUUCCUCGCCGAGAGCGCGCGGCGGCUGGCGGCGCGGCACGAGCGCUUCACCUCGGGCCUCCGCGACGUCGGCAUCAGCUGCCUGCCCGGCAACGCGGGGCUCUUCUCGUGGAUGGACCUGCGGAGCAUGCUCCGGGACAAGACGCCCGAGGCCGAGCUCGAGCUGUGGCGGGUGAUCAUACACAAGGUGAAGCUCAACGUGUCGCCCGGCACGUCGUUCCACUGUGGCGAGCCCGGGUGGUUCCGCGUCUGCCACGCCAACAUGGACGACGAGACCAUGGAGGUCGCCCUCGACCGCAUCCGCAGCUUCGUGCAGCAAGAGCACAAGGCCAAGGCCAAGCGCUGGGCCGCCAGGGGCCCCCUCCGCCUCAGCUUGCCGCGCCGGGGUGGCGCCACCGCUUCGCACCUCGCGCUCUCCAGCCCUCUGGCGUUGAUGUCGCCGCAGUCACCCAUGGUUCACGCUAGCUAAUCACCGAGCAUUCGGCAAGGGACGGUUGGCAGGGUGCGCCGUACAUUUGUACGUGCAUCCCUUUUUUGCAAUCACAUGGCUAAGUACAAGCUAGCCUACUAUGUGAUUGUUUGCCAAGAGAGUACCCAGGCCAUGCAGGGGCGUAGCUAGUUUUUACUUAGACGUUGCACAGGCGUCGGGUAUCGGUUAGCAGGACGCAUCUGUCCUCGAGUUUUUCGUAUACAUGGUUUGGUUUGACGUUAUAGAUGACAGAAUAAUGAUCGGAACUGGUAAUAAUUGAGUCCUCCCGAUCAAAAAUGCUGUAAACUUGUGACGACGGACAUAACACAAGUGUGUAUAAUAGAUCAUUUUGCAAAUUACUAGUUAUCCAUUGAGUUACUCCUA